AUGGCGGAGGAGGAGGAGGAGUGGAGAAGCGAGGGCACUCAGCUAGAGCAAGAAACUUGUGAUGACGGGGAUGAUGACGACACUGUGACGGAGGGCGGAGACAGCGGAAACGAGUCUGAGGACGACCAAGGCGACACUCAAAUCGCGGCGCAGGACACUGACCUGGACGCAGCUGGUGGCGCAACCGCCGAGAGCAACGCGGCUGCGCGCGCCAUGAACGUUGCUUUCGAAGAAGAGUCAGCCAGUGCAUCACGUGGUGCCGCGGGCGGUGGUGCUGGCGGCGGAGGGGGUGCGGGAGGAGAGGAAAACGAGCAAUGUGAGCCAACGCAGCCGACACAGGUUGAUAGCCCCGACGCCCCAGCCCCCCCACCCACCGCCGCCCUCGACAACCAGGAGCAGGAUUUGGAGGAUACCAUGUCGCGCAACCCCGCGUCGUUGGGAGCAAUGGCAGAGGAUGAAGCGGCGCUGACAAUCGAUCCCGCCCCCCAGCCGAAGCAGCAGGCGGUAUCGCCAGUCCCUCAAGCAGCCGGUCGUGCCUUGGUGGCGUGUGCGGCGGACCGGCGUAGGACGCCUUCCCCGCUGCGCAGAGCCGGCCGUGGCAGCGGCGUGCUGCUGCUGGCGGGCGGCGGCGGCGGGGGGGCUGCUGGUGGGCACGGGGCGGCGGCGGGAGACAACGAAGCAGGGACGAGCUCCGGCUUCCUGAGCUCGGCGGAGCCGUCGGCGAAGGCGGCCCGGGCCCGAGCCGCUCUCCCCUUGUCGUCGUCGUCUUCGCCGCAUCCCCUGCCCGAAGGCUGGCUGGACAAAGAGCUCAGCGUUGGUGCACCAGCAGCAUCAGCAACAGGCGAGCCCCAAGCGAAACCGCCGAAGAGUAAGAAGAGUGUGCGGCGUGAGCAUGCAACGAAGGGGAAGGGCGCUGGUGCUUCGACGCUUGCAGCCGCCGCCCCGGUGAAGCAAGCGCCCCCCAAGAAGCCAUCGCCGGCCAAGGCCAUCGCUGGCCGUGGCGGCUGGAUACGCACCAAGGACGAUGACAACGGACUCGCCGCCGCCCUCGACGCUCGGGAAGGAUCGGCAUCGCAGAACAUUCUCGCUAUCGGGGUGCCGGAGGAGCGUCGCGUGGUGGGCGCUGCUGCCCGUGCCGGUGCUACCGCCGAGAUGGAUGAUGACGGGGAUGACGAAGACGAGGACGGAGAUAUUUUUUUGACAGGCAUCGGAGGAACGACGGUAGACUCGCAGGAAUUCAAGGCCGACGAUUUUUCGCAGAUCAGGAAGGGCUGCUCGCAGGAGAAGAACGAGUUCGACCGUUUGCUGGACGACGAGAUAGCUGGCGCAGCGGCCACCGGGCAGGGUAGGGAGGAGCUGAAGCAGGGCACAGGCGACGGCGGGGAGGAGCUCCCUCCGGCAUCCAACGGCGGUGGAGCAUCCACGUCCGGCAAACGCAAACGGAUGAGGGUGAGCUCGCAAAUUGCAGAGGGGGAAGGCGGCGGAAGCGGCGGCGGCGCUGUGGGGCGAAAGGGAGCUUCCGGUUCUCGCACACCUGGCGCCUACAUGGGCGCCUCGGCAUCAUUAUCGAGUUCGAAGAAGCGAGCGUUGCCGAGGUCUCUGGGGGUCACGAACCAGCGGGAACCAAACAUUUUCGACAUGAAUAGUGACGACGAAAGUAGUGACGGCGGUGGGGGAGUGGUCGGUCGGCCCACGAUGUCGCAGCAGUCCGAUCGUCGCCGGGCCUCCAAGAAGAGCACUGGCGCCAAUCGCGGCAAGGGGAAGAACAAGGCAAAGGCCCCGAACCCCGCCGACAACCUAGGGCCCCCGCGGAGGGUUGCUGCUGCGGCUUGCGAGGAGAAGGUUAGGGAGGAGGAGGAGGAGGAGGAGGAGGAGGAGUCUGUCGGUGUCGACGUGCGGGACUUGCAUACUGAUGACGACGAUGACGACGACGACGACCAGGUGGUGAUGACCACGCAGGAGCUUCGGACGGAGAGAGCGAUGGCGGCCAUCCGGAAGGACACCACCCCUGUUUCGGCGGAGGAUGAAGAGAAGGAGGAGGAGGAGGAGAACGAGGAGGAGGAGCAAGAGGAAGAGGAGGGGGGGCGGGGGCACCAAGACGGAGGGGAAGAGGAGGCAAAGGCAGUGGGCAAGGGGGACAAGGAUGAAAAAGAGGUUGUGGGAGAGGGAGACGAGGAAAUGAAGAAUAGGGAGAAACGUGCAAGGAGAGGGGAAGGUGCCGAUGCGGACAAGUCGUCUGAGGUCGACGGGCGAGCGAAUAUCGGGGCGGCGGGUGACAAAGGUCUCGUUGCGGCUGCUGACGGCGGCGUGAAGUCCCCUGAGUGGCUGACGUACAAGGCCAUGAUUUCGUUUCUUGACGUCGAGGGCUGGAAGUGCGUUCUCGGCAAGGGUCUCCAUACGUGGUUUUAUCUGUUGCCCGGCAAGAAGGGGAGGAACGGGAGGUACGGGUUGGAUUUCCUGGUCUCCGAGGAGGAAGUCGUCCAGCACGUGCGCUGCGACCAGCCGGCCCUCUCCCGUUACGAGGCGUUUCUUAAGGCGGAGGCCAAAGCGGCAGCGGCAGCGGCAGCGGCAGUAGAGGCACCCCCGCCCACAAGCAGCGUUGGAGCGACGGCUGAGCGUGUGGACGAUAGCUGCCCCGGUGACGGCGGUACUGGUAGUGGUGGCGGGCGGCGGAGUGCCGACGGCCCCGUCAAGGCUAGACCUCGGCGCGGCAAGAGCAGCGACGGGGGGGGGGGCAUCGCGGGCUCGAGCGCGGAGGCCAACGUCGACUCUGCUGCCUCGCCUGCUGGUGCUCCCUGCGGUGCCGCGCCCGCCGCCCGUCCCGCCACCAUGCAAAGGAAUAGCCGCGGCAACGGGCGAGGGAGUGCCCAAGCUGGUGGGCGGCAGACGGCCGAGGGGCCGGCGCCACAGGAGCUGCCGCCGAACGCUGCGGGAACCAAGCCGGGCUCCGGCACCGGGGAGGCCGCCCAAACUGCUUCCACGAAACGGCGAGCCGGUCACGGCAGGAGGAAAGGAAGCGGCCAGACCGGCGACGGGGGACAGAAGAGCGGCGAGCCCGCUGGUUGCGACAAGCCUGCUGCUCGAGGGCGGUCGCAAGGUGCGGUGGAUUGGGUGCAGAAGUGGCGGGACGACUGGCCGAAGCUCCAGGAAGAUGGGUGGCACUGGGCGUACGGGAACGGGGUCGUGGAUGGGUGUGUCUACCUCAAGUCUGGCGCCACGAAGAAGACCGGCAGGCUGGGCGUCGACAUGUUCUAUUCCAGGCAGUCUGUCCUCGAGCACGUCCUCGAGUCCGUCCCUAAACAAGCAGAUCCCCCCGUGGGUGGUGCCGCGGAGCCUCCGGUCGAGAACGGGGGGGGCAAAGCUGACGUCGAUGGCAGGGACGACAACGGGCCCUUCGUCGAGUGGAGCUUGGGGCUGCACAGGGUGCGGAGGCAAAAGGUCCAGCGGACGGAUUCAGGGGACAUGACACCGCCGGACGCGCCCCCAGUCGAGGCCAUGAGCCUGCCAGGCCGGGCGGGCGGGCGCAGAGGCGUCCCGUCUCCGCCCUCCGCAAAGAAGUCUUCGGCUGGGAAACCCGCUGGGCAGAAACAAGCCGGUAGCCGUGAAACCGCGCCCCGAGGACAAGAAGGCAGCAAGCGCGGGCGAGGACGCCCCCCUACCAACCCCGAAGGAGACGACGCGGCGCCUGGCCCUGCGACGAAGCGGGGGAGGGUCGGCGUCGCGAAGCGGUCGUCCAGGAAGCCUCGUGGUGGCGGCGAGGGCAGCGAGCAGGGCCUAGAGAUGGGAGGCCCUUUCUCCGGGCUGGGUGUUGUCCUCACGGGCCUUCGGGGCGAAAUGCGGAGCGAGCUCGAGGCCAGCGUUACGAAGCUGGGGGGGAAGGUGGUCAAGGUCGCCGGCGGCAAGGUUUCCGACGAUGACGGCUGGCUAAGCUGGAUACUCGAGGAAGUCAGGCAGAGCGUGGCAGGCGGCAGGGACCCUAAAAUAGGAGCCGAAGUGGGGGGCAUGCCCAACGGCGACAAGCCCACCCCCCCGCUGCGCCGGAUGAUAACGGUGGCUACCCCGGACAGCGACCGUACCCACAAGUUCCAGCUCGCGCUGGCUGCGGGGAUGCCCAUCGUGCACCCCUCCUGGGUGGGCGCGUGCUCCAGCGUGGCGACCGUCAUCCCUCCUCUGGGGUAUAUAUUGCCGCUGGGACGGUCGGCGCUCGGAGACCGUGGGUUGCUCAUGCCUCCCGUCGGGUCGGCUCGAGGCCGGCCGUUCCAGGGCAAGAACAUAAUCUUUUGCGGGGACGGGCUGGACGGCGGGAAGAACGCCGUGGAUAACUGGGUGUUCUCCUUGACCGUUGCGGGCGCCACCGCGAUAGUACUGCACGAGGGCGGCGGCGGCGGCGGCGGCGGCGGCGGCGAUAGGAAGAACGCCGGGGCGGCGAGCCCGGGGACGGAGGCGGGCCAGUGCACCCUCGAGGGCGCCCUGAAGCUGGUCAAGGAUGGCCAGGUUUUCUGCGUGAUCGGUCCUAAGAGCGCCGACGGUGGUUCGGCCUCGGCGUCGACGGCGGCGGUGGAGGAGGCCGCCGAAGUAAUGGGCACGCCCGCGGGGAGCCUGGAGUGGGCCACCCAGUGCAUUAUCCACGGCCGGCUGCUGCUCCCGAACGCCGGAACGUGUCCGUGGUUUCCACUUGGCGGUAGCGGCGGUGGCGGUGGCGGUGGCGGUGGCGGUGGCGGUGGGAGUGGGAGUGGCGCUGGCGGUGGAGGCGGCAGCAGAGACAAGAAGGGCAAGGGUCGUCAACGGGCUAGGCGCGGCAAGGGCGGUCGAGGUGCAGCCAAAGGGGACGUAGGCACAUCGGGUGAGGCAGACCCCUUCUACGUGCACCUGUCGGGCGGCAAGAGGUACGUCGCUGGGGACUAUGUGUUUCUCCGUGAGGACAAGAGAGCGGCGAUGUCCAGCAACGGCGGUGGGGCGGACGCGGGGACUGGGGGCGGGUCGCGGGCGGCGGCGGCUGGUGGAACCGCCGCCGACGUUCCUCCGGCGGUGGCACGCGUUGUUUCGUUUCGGCGGGAGGCGGGGGGGAAGGUGAAGGUGACGGUGACCCCGAUGAAGCGUGGCGACGGUCCCAAGAUCUUGGUUGCUCCCGGCGGAGAGAAAGGGGAGGAAGAGGAAGAGUUGGACGAUGAUGUGCUCGGGGGCCGCGUUCUCUUACUGCCCAAGGAGCACAUGACGAAGGCCAACCACUACGCCUUUAACGACAGUACCAUUUAUUUCCUCCCGUAUUAG